CUCGGCAGCGGCACCCCGAACUCCGAACUUGCCCGCCCGGAGCUCAAACUGGUCCAUCCCAACUCCGAGGCCCUCUUAUCUUCAACCCUCAUGCUGGCUCGAUGUUUGUUUGCCAUGUAACACGAAACCAUUUACACUGCAGGCGUGGUCGAACUAAGUAGUAACUCCAGGAUGUCGUCCAAGCGGCGCAAUGGCCAACUCUCGUCGUGCGAGCCUUGUCGCAAAGCCAAACUGCGCUGUGACCACGCAACUCCGAUAUGCGGUAGAUGUAUACAAAGGCAGCAGGCCGAUAUGUGCAUCUACCACCCGGCUCCCUUGACAAGACCAAAGCUGCUGGAAAAUUCCUCCCCGCUGCCUAAAAAGAGGAAACGCGAUACUUCAAUCGUCACCGAAAAGGGCAUCACAUCCACAAACCUCUUACUCAAGUACCGAAUACCGCCCCCAACCCCCGCGGACAGCAUUGAAGAAGAUGAAUCCCUAAACGAGCGACUGCAACCAAAAAUAAGAGAGAUAAAAGAGUUUCCAACAGGAUUCCUGGGUCCGUCCAGCUACUGGGCCACAUUUGAUGAACCCGAUGAAAGCCGUCUAUUAUGUGUUACCCGUGCUUCUACCGAUCCCUCUGAUACUUCUCCCGAAACGAUCAUGGAUAGCACUUUAGUUGACUCGGAGCAAAUUGAAGGUGGCGCUAGGAUACUGUCUUUGUUAGACGAUUUACCUUUAUAUUUGCAUUUGAUCUUCGUUCGUUAUGAGCAUUGUGAGCCAUGGGUGUUUGGACGUAAACUUGCACUGAAGUUGUUUACCGGCUUGAAUGAACUACGAGCCCAGUGGCAGCAAGGUUCGAAGAACAAGAACUCUCAGACCAAAUUACUAGCAUGGUCUAGAAAAAUAUUUGACAACAGUACUACACCUAUCAAAGUUGAUCGAUAUACAACGGUAUCGGAAUACUUUUCUCAGAUCACCCUGAGGUGGGAGACUAUCGGGCUAAUGUUCACAUGGGUCGGUCUUGCAACAACAACGAUUCCUAGUCACCACGAAAGUUUUCGGUUGGACGAUGGCACGGUCAUUGAUAAGCACGAGUUAUACACGCUCGUGAUUGAUGUUGUGGAGCUUUGCUUAGGCUUUUGCGAUAGCCUUGGGACAAUGAGUGAUCCGUUGUCUUGGUUGUUGCUUCAACAUACAGUGCUGCUUGCCGAGGGUCAUGGUGAUACAAAUUAUAGGCCGUGGAGAAAACUGGGAGAUUUGUCCACCAUGGUUUUUGCACUAGGUCUUCAUCGCCCAGAAACAGAUCCUCAUAUCCCCUUUUUCUUGGGUGAAAUCCGCAGGCGUGUGAUGGUUGCUUCAUAUUCGUUAGACAAGCAGCUUGCAACUUUGUUAGGACGACCCCCACGAAUUGCUUGGCAGUACUGUGAUAUCAAAUUCCCCUUGGACCUGAACUACGAUGAUAUCUUUCCAGCUUCCGAUAAUCAAGAAGAGGAGAGUAUUUUGGCAAAAAUUGGCCACGAUGGCUGGAACAUUGACGGGCGCAUUACAUCAGGCUCUAAAGCAAGGAUGCAUCUCAUGUUCGGUCUUAUACGUGAAAAGAUACUGGCGUUGUCGCUGUCGCCUCAUCCAGAAGACGUUGCCCAAAAAAUAUCCGAAACAUGUGCUGAAUAUGAGCACCUACGAUCAAACCUGCCCCCAGUUAUGCAAUGGAGACCGUCUCACUUUAGCGGCAGUAGGACGAUGGACCAACAUACUGAAUUCGUGGCAAAUAUGCAUCUUGAAUUUCUUAACAAUGAUUUCAUUUUAUACCGUGUUCUGGUAAAACGAACCGGAAAGGGCAAGGAAAAGCUUCUAAAGGUAGCCCGAGAAAUGCUGGCCGCCACACUGGCCAUCGUCUCACGAAACUCCCAAACACGAGAUAAUUGCGAUUCUAUCUGGAAUCUUUGUUAUAUUGGACUUCCAUGCGCCGGCGUGCUGGCUCGUGAACUUCUUCAGCGCUCCCAGCAGCAAUAUUACCGUUCAUUACACGAAAAGCCACCCAAGUCGGCUGACACAAUGCCUUUUCCACGUUCUGAAGUCAUCCAGAACUUGAGUGUAUUCGCAGCCAAUCUGGAAAAUGUGCUUGGUAGUAGAGGGAAUUUUGGGAUCUCCCAGAAAGGAUUGAACGUCAUCCGCAAUGUCCUUGAUCGAGUUCUUUCUGGUGACGAGAUGUCUUGUGCACCCUCUAAUUUACCACCACCGACUGGUGAUGAACUGACUGCUGUUCCUCUGGAGUUGCCCACCACACUUCCCGAGCUUUACUCGGAUGAUGGAAAUACAGCCGAAUUCAUGACAUGGCUGGAUAAUAUUGACUGGGCCCAGGAAGCAUUACUGAGUUACAGCUGAGAAUUGAUAAGUCUCGAUUAUUAUGAACCAAUGUUAAUGUGAUCAUGAAUUUUAAAACGUGAUUUGUAUAGCGUUUCACAACCUACCUUCUUUUUGACAAAACAUCCCUAUUUGAACC